AUAGAGGUAGUCCGCCUUCUCCUUUAAGUCCCUACUUGUUGCUUACUCUAAUAAGAAAAGAGCAACAUAAUGGUUAUCAAAGUGUUUCUCGCCACCUCGUCGGGAUCCACGGCGAUCAAGAAGAAGCAACAAGAUGUGGUGGGCUUCCUGGAAGCAUUGAAGGUGGACUACACUCAGCUGGACAUCGCCUGCAAUGAGGAGAACCGCAUGUGGAUGAGGCAGAAUGUACCAGAGGAGAAGAAACCGUCCAAUGGCAUCCCACUGCCCCCUCAGAUCUUCAAUGAAGAGAGCUACUGUGGGGACUAUGAGACAUUCUUUGACGCCAAGGAAGACAACUCUGUAUAUGCCUUUUUGGGAUUGGCCCCUCCUCCUGGUUCAAAGGAUGCACUGCAGGCCAGUAAUGAAGAACACAUAGUGGAGAAUUGCACUCACGCUGAAGAAACCAAUCAAGAGGGAACCCAAGAUGACUUAAUAGAGGUUCCAGAGGUAGAUCGUAACGGGGACGCAUAUGCAGAUGAGGACGAGACAGAGGAAGGCGAAGGUGGUGAGGGGGAAGAUGUAGCAGAGCCUGAAGAAAAUAACACCACGGAAGGAGGAGGAGACGAAGAACCCGAAGACAGAGGUCAUGCAGAGGAGGAUGAAGAACAGGAAGAGGAUUUGCAGUCAGAGGAGGAGGAGGAGGAGCUACGGCAACUUGAGGAGGAGGAAGAGGCUGACAUAGAAGAAGAGGGAGAAGAAGAAUACUUGGAAGAAACACAGGAAGAAGAGGCUGAGUAGUUGAAGCAAGGGAACACUGACACCCUCCAAUUUUUGCCUGAAGGAGCCUCCUGUGACAUCUGUCCCUGACCCCAGACCAUUGGCCACUUUGGCUCCUUCAGGCAGCAUCUUGACUCCUCCCCCAAGGCAGCACUGGACCCGCCAUGAAAAAACAAAACAAAACACUGGUCAUGUGCUUGAAGAUGUCAAGUCAAAAGUCCUUUUCCUCCCUUUUAACUGUAACAAUGGAUUGAAUUUUUAUAUUUUACAUUUAGAGACUUUAGGCCUAGCAAAUACAGUAUGUGCAGAGUAACAUAGUGCUGCAAAUACAGUAUGUCUUUAAUGUUAUUUUGACAAACAUUUCGCAUGUUUUACGUUAAGACACAAAUUGAAGCUGGUAUACAUUUUCUUGUUACCUCAAUUUCUGUUUAUGGGUUUAGACUCUCUCUCCCUCUCUUUAAUUUUAUUUUUCAGGUGUUUUGUCGAUGCAAAGCAUGCAAUGCAAUUCACACAGCUGCAUGGAUAGUACUAAGUAAGAUUUGUAAUGACGAAGACAUGAGCGCAUCCUGUAAGACUAAAAGCUAGUCUGCCAUUACAAUGACUUCUGGCAAUAUUGUUGUCGAAACAAUGCACUUUGUUAAAAGAAAUACGUGACGAAG